AACAACGAAACUUCAUGUUCAUGCACGUUGUCAGAAGGGGCCGGUUUAACAACGAAAUGCAAACUGAUCUUAGUCUAGUCUCAGGUGAGAUUUACUGCUGUAGUCAUCAACGGCUGACUAAAAAAUACCCUGGUUUGUGAAAAGAAGUUUAGAGAAAACCAGAGAGGAAGUGAAGAAGUGACUGCAGACUGACACAUGCGUGGAUUUAAAUAACUCCUGGAAAUGAAUUCCUCUGGAAAACCAAAUGACUCUCACUGUCCAGCCAAUCAAGACUCAGGAACCACAUUCAUGCCUGCAGUGAUGAUUGCUGAGAUGAUAGUGGGUCUGCCCAUAAACAUAGUGGCCUUGUGGAUUUUCUGUUUCCGAAUGAAGUUUUGGAAACCCCACGCUGUCUUCCUCUUUAACCUGCUCCUUGCUGACUUCCUCCUUCUUGUCAGUGUCCCCUUACGCAUUGACAAUCACCUCCGAGGUGAAAACUGGGUAUUUGGACACGACUGGUGCCGCGUCAACCUCUUCAUGCUGGCUGUCAAUCGCUCCGCCAGUAUAGGCUUCAUGACGAUUGUGGCUCUGGAUCGGUACUUUAAAGUGGUCUACCCUCAUCACUGGAUCAACCAAAUGACCUUUCAUCAGGCUGGUUGGCUCACAGCCCUUAUCUGGGUACUUGUGAUUGUCCUCCGGAUUCCACUGUUAACCAUCAACCUCCUUUAUGAGGAGGGCAACAGAACCCUGUGUCGAAGCUUCACAUCCUCUGAAGAACCUCCUUUAGCAAUAAAACUAAACCAAGCAGCCUAUGUAGCAGAGUUCGUCCUUCCCUGGUUCUUGUUGCUCUUCUGCUCAGUUCGAACUGCCUGCUUCCUGCACCACAGAGGGUUGGACCGACAGAAAAAAGUGAAAAGGGCCAUUCAAGCAGUAUGUGUGAUCAAUUUGGUUUUCACCAUCUGCUUCCUUCCAGGUAUCUUCACAGGCCUGGUUGGAUUGUGCAUUAAGAAGUUCUGGCCCACAGACUGUGCAUUGUUCAACCAGUGGACCAGCAUCUUCAUAAUGAGUUUCGCCUUCAGCUAUCUUAAUAGCACUUUGGACCCACUUAUCUACGCCUUCUCCAGCUCCAUGUUCCGUGAAGCCCUUAAGAGUUCCUUCAGCUGUUUAUGUUUUAAGAAGAAGAAUACCACACCACCAAACCCUGCUACGGCUGAAUUUAGUGCCACGUGCUGAACACUGGUUUAAUCUCCAACCUGGGGGUCCCACAUUACAAUGCCCCAACUUCACAGUAGAAACAAAAAUGCUUACAGCCUGAUGCAAAGAACCUCUGGUCUGUAUAGCUCAUUUCCAGUUCUGUACAACUGUGCAGCAGUGAAAAUUUAUAAAAUUCAUCUGUUUUUGUGUUAAGGCUCAACAGGGAUGCAUAAUUAGAGGGGCGGCUGCUGUAAGAGGCUGUGGAGUGUUUGAUGUCUGCUGGGUGGGCUUUGACAAACAGAGUGAUGCCAGUUGGACUUAAGACAGCUUGACUAUGGUUAUGGUUAAGAAGAUAAACUAACAAGACUGACAGAGGAUUCUGUCAUGCCUGUUUGAUGAAUUUUACCAGUACUUAAUUACAAUACUCACACUGUUAGCAUAGCUAACCUGCUCGCUAUGAUCUCCUAAUGUUAGGAUUCAUUUGUACUCAAUUCUAUCAGCUAGUCUGCAAAAUAGAGCUCAGUGUGAUUAUGGAUAACACAUCAUUAGUCGCUUUUCCAUUGGACAUACGUGCAAAACUUUACUGAUAUUUACUAAAUGUUGAUAAAACAGAAGUGUGUAAUGUCGAUUUUUUGAUUAAAUCACAAUUUCUGGUGUGUCCACACAUACCACGCCAUGUUUCUUUUAAAACUCUUCUUCACUUGUUGUAACGUCCAUCAACAUCCGUUUUUUUUAUUCACGUGACUCUCAUUGUGGAAAAAGGU